AUGCGAGCUUAUAAAGAAGCAGAUACUUCAAAGGACGGUUACGUUGAAAUCGAAGAAUUUGGCCGUCUCCUUGAUUCUCUUAACUUGUAUUAUGAACUAUAUGAAAUUUUUCAAAAAGUUGAUAAAGACAAGGACGGACGUAUCCAUUUUGAUGAUUUCAAGAAGGGGCGUAAGUUUAUGAAAUUAAAUGACCUUUCAGAUAAUGAGCUUAAGACAGAGUUCGAAAAGAUAGAUGAGAAUAAGGGUGGUUUUAUUCUCUUUGAUGAG